GACUCCUCCCUUUUUACUGCGUACUUCCUCCAAUUUAUGCCGUCGGAUGCAUGCGCCCCUUUCACGAAAUUGCAGUCAGAGAAAGCUGGCAUUAUUAUCAAGCACCUUGAAAGUGGUUAUGAUCUACAGUGUCUUAAGUUCUGGUCCCUAUCACGCUAUGGUCUCGUAAAUGAUGCUGUAAGGCGUAAAGUGUGGCCCAUUCUAUCGGGACUCGAAGGAUCAAACUCCGAAAACCCGCAUAGUAAUGCUUUGUAUGACCUACGGGAUCUGUUGAGCCAUCCUCAGGCAAAACAAGUUGAACUGGAUGUACGCAGAAUGGGGUCUAUGAUUCCAAAAUGUUUGUCAUCAGACGAAAGUGAACGCUUAAUUACAGAGACCAAACGUCUUGCUUUGUCUAUUCUUGCUGAAUACCCUGACCUUCAUUAUUAUCAGGGGUUUCAUGACGUUUGUUACACGUGUCUGGCGGUUCUCGGUCCGGAUGAAGCUUUUGCCGUUCUUAAACAGCUAGUCCCUAAACAUUUUGACGUGUUUAUGCAGGAGACCAUGGAUGCUACCUCCGAAACCCUUCAGUCAGUUUUUGAUCUCCUUCAGCUUACAUCACCGGAGAUUUGGUUCAGGUUUCGGGCCUUGAAUUUUGAGCCCUUUUUCACUCUUUCAUGGUUUCUCACUUGGUUCACCCACAUCCUUUCGGAUAGCAAUGAUAUUCAUCGGUUGUAUGAUCUCUUCAUGGCUUCGGAGCCUAGCAUGCUGAUCUACCUCUCUGUUUCGGUGAUAAUUUGCAGCACAGAGGAAAUAAGUUCAACUUCCGAUGAUUUUGGAGAACUUCAUCAUGCACUUACUCAUCUUCCAAUGAAGCAUGAUGUCGAAAAAUUGAUCCAAUGUGCGCUUGACAUUUACUUAAAAAUACGACCGGAGAAGCUGCUCGAAAAGGCCGAAGAUCGACGUAAAGCUGGCCAUACUGCCAGGAAAUCUUCACGCUCCUCCCCAACUUUAGUUCUUGUUAAUCAGCGGCUGUUUUUCUGUGGAGCGGUCGCAGUUCUAACUAUGGGUCUGGUUUGGCAUCACUUUUUUAGUCCAACAACUUAG